AGACAUGACACGUGAGUCACCCGUCACGAGUCCCGCCCUUAGCAGGCGAAGUGAUCUCCAGAGCAUUCCCAACGGUCACGAGAAUGCCCUACAACAUAGGAUAUUGGAGCAUUCUUUUGCGUUGCAGCUGAAGAAGCAACAACAGCUGCAGCAGCAAAUCCUGUUGCAGCAAUUCCAGGUGCAGCAACAACAGCUGGCGCAACAGCAUGAGGAACAGCUGAGGCAUCAUCUCAAGGUCAGUUGGUCAAGGUCAUUCAAAGUCUUGUAUUUUGGGUUAAAUUCAAUUUACAGUAUUUCAUAGGCAGUUGCUGCUUAAAACAACAUUGGUUCUAAA